AGAUGACGAACAUGCAUGCAUUUUUUGAGACCCCUAAUUCAAUCUCAAUUCACACUCUCACUCUGACUCUCACUCUCACUCAAACCCAAUAGCCUACCUUGUCUGCAUCUAUAUAAAGCACGCCCUCCCCUCCCCUCCCCUCCCCUCCUUCUAAGCCACACAGCUACACAAAAGCUACAAAAAUGGGAAUCUCCACUUCAAAUCAUUCUAUCCCACUUCUUCUUCCUCUUCUAGCCACCCUCUUAUACAGCUCCGCCGCCAGCAGACCCUUCGCCGUAAAACCCACCACCACCGAGUUCAUCCGGCGAUCCUGCGGCGCCACCACCUACCCAAGACUUUGCUUCGCCUCCCUCUACACCCACGCCGGCCUAAUUCAAACCAGCCCCAUGCUUCUGGCCGACACGGCGCUCACGGUGGCGUUCCAGACGGCGCAGUCGGCAGCGGCGGCGGUGCUGCGGAUGUCGGGGACGCACGGCAUGAGGGCGAGCGAGGCGGCCGCCGUCCGCGACUGCGUGGAGGAGGUGGGGGACUCCAUAGACGAGCUCCGGGAGUCGCUGGUGGAGAUGAAGAAGCUGAAAGGCUCAAAUUUUGAAGCCGUCAUGAGCGACGUGCAGACUUGGGUGAGUGCGGCGCUGACAGACGACGACACAUGCACGGACGGGUUCGCCGGAAAAGCCAUGGACGGGAAUGUGAAGGCCGCCGUGAGAGGGCAUAUUCUGAAUAUUGCACAUCUCACUAGCAAUGCGUUGGCUUUGAUCAAUCAAUAUGCCUCCCUUCAUGGCUAGCUAGCUAGCUCAAUUAGCUCAAGAAAUUGUUGUAGCAUAUUUUUCUUGUAACUGUUGUAUGUUGCGAAGAAGAGGAAUGCAUUCCAGUACUUCGUCACCAUUAGGAUUCGUGGGACAAGAGAGACACAGGUUUUAGGGCACACGUCACUCGGAAAAUAUUAACCACACCGUGUGUGUGUGUGUGUGUGUGUGUGUGUGUGAUCAUACAUGGUUUUGUCAUGUAUGCAGAAAAUUACCUGUAUAAUAUGGUGAUUUAGUAUAUAUAUAUAUAUAUAUAUAUAUUUUUUGUAUAUCUAAUAAUUUCUCGAGGUCUCUCUCCUCUGUGUUUCAAGCCA